GAGAGAGAGAGAGAGAGAGAGAGAGAGAGAGAGAGAGUUGGUGUCAUGGCAACAAUGCAAGAGAUGGGUCCGAGGAGCCCAGAAGCGAAGCUGGGAUUGAGAGUGGAGGAUCUGUGGGACGUUCAGGAGCCACAAUUAAGUCCUACCGAAAAGCUUAAUGCUUGCUUCGAAAACAUCCCUGUCUCUGCCUUCCCUCUUGCUUCUUCUAACCAAGUGAUUGAGAUAAAAUCAGACACCACCCUGUCCGAGGCUGUUAAAAUAUUGUCACAGCACAAUAUUCUCAGCGCACCUGUUGUCGAUGUAGUGGCAUCUGAAGAUGCUACUUGGAUGGAUAGAUAUAUUGGAAUUGUUGAGUUUGCUGGAAUUGCUGUUUGGAUUCUGCAACAGUCUGAACCUCCAUCUCCUAGGAGUCCAUCCAGUGGAAGCGCUAUUGCAGCAGCAGUCAAUGGAUGUAAUGCUGCUCGAGAACUUGAAGGCCUAGGCCUUGGCUCUGCUGCAGCAACUUCAGGAAUCUUUUUUGAGGAUUUGACUUCUUCUGAACUUUACAAGAGCGCCAAGGUCCGUGAUAUCUCAGGUUCAUUCCGCUGGGCUCCAUUCCUGGCAUUGCAGAGAUCAAACUCAUUCCUGACCAUGCUCUUGCUGCUUUCAAAGUACAAGAUGAAGAGUAUUCCUGUGGUGGAUUUGGGUGCAGGCAGGAUUGAUAACGUUAUCACGCAGCCUGCUGUUAUUCAUAUGUUGGCUGAAUGCGCUGGCCUUCAAUGGUUUGAGAGUUGGGGAACCAAGAUGCUAUCUGCAGUUGGUCUUCCUCUGGUGACAGAAAAUCAGAUUAUCAUGGUUUAUGAGGAUGAACCAGUGCUUCAAGCAUUUAAAGUGAUGAGGAAAAAGAGGAUUGGAGGGGUCCCUGUAAUCGAGAGGGGUGGUGACAAAGCAGUGGGUAACAUAAACCUACGAGAUGUUCAAUUCUUGCUAACUGCUCCAGAAAUCUUUCACGAUUACAGGACUAUAACAGUUAAAGACUUCCUCACGGCCGUUAGAAGCUACUUAGAGGAGCAUGAAGAGGUGUUCCCAAAAUUAAGUGAACUGGUUACAUGCAAAAAAGGGUGCACAGUGAAAGAACUGAUUCAAUUGCUUGACCAGAAGAAGAUUAAUCGAGCCUAUGUUUUGGAUGAUAACGGGAAUCUGGAAGGAGUGAUCACGCUCAGAGACAUCAUCUCAAGGCUAGUGCAUGAGCCUCGAGGCUACUUUGGUGAUUUCUUUGACGGUGUUCUUCCUCUUCCUCCAAACUGCCGGGUUUAGCAAGUAUCAAAACCAAUAACUUGGCCACUUGAGCGUAAUUUAUGCACGUGCGGUUCAGUUUUAAACCCUCAUAAUUCAGAGAGCCUAACUAGUAGCCGAUCUUUUACUUUCAAGGUGUGGUUUCCAGUCUUGAUGAAUAAUAAAUUCUCCAUCGUUCCUACCCUGUAUAAUCCAAACAACAAAGAAAAGGAGCGAGCAAGUGAAACAGACAAUCUGAUUACAUUAUCCCGCAUCAGAACAGUUCAACACAGAGAGCUUCCUCCCCCUUGUUUACCAAUAUAUUGUAAACAUGAACAUUUGUGAACACUUACCAGGUUUUCUUCUCCAUUGUCCACUUGAAGAAUGAACAAAUGCAGAGUAAUACAAGGAUGAGAGAAACGUAACGCCAACCGUUCUCUAAAUGUUUAGAAGAAACGUUUUCAGAAGCAAGAAAGGGCAAGCAUGAGUGAACUUUAAAUUAUGCAGAAAACCACAAGCGU